GAAGAAGAAGAAGAAAAAAAAAAAAAAAAAAAAAAAAAAAGAAAAUGAGGAAGUUCCUCCUCAUUUCCGGAUGCCCUGAAGGCAUCGCAGUGAAGAACGUUGAUCAUGUGACUUAAGUUUGAUGACGUCGUCGUGCGUUGCUGAAGUCGGUUUUGUGAGUCGAACUUUUUUUUUUGUUUUUGGUCUGGAUGGCGGGUUGGGUGUUUUUCCGUGCGCUGUGUGUGUGGUCGGUGGUGGACGUGGUCCUGCUGGACUCCGGGAUGUUGUUCCCGCGGGAGUCCUGGUCCAGAGAGCUGAAGGAGCUCAGCGGGCUGUGGGUCUUCAGGGCGGAUCUGUCCCCGAACCGGAACCAGGGCUUCGAGGAGGCUUGGUACAAACGACCACUGUCAGAGUCCGGUCCAGUGAUUGACAUGCCGGUUCCUGCCAGCUACAAUGACAUCACACAGGACCCCAAGCUGAGAGAUUUCAUUGGCUGGGUGUGGUACGAGCGCGAGGCGGUGGUGCCCGCCCACUGGGUGACCGACAAAGGAAAGAGAGUCGUUCUCAGAGUGGGAAGUGCUCACUAUUAUUCAGUGGUGUGGGUGAAUGGGAUGAAAGUGGUCAAGCACGAAGGUGGACAUCUUCCCUUUGAGGCUGAGAUAGGCAGUUUAAUCCGCCAGGGGCCAACCGCAUCGUGCAGGGUCACCAUCGCCAUCAACAACACGCUGACUCUGCAGACUCUGCCUCCUGGAACCAUCCAGUACAUGGAUGACAGAUCCAUGUAUCCUGAAGGUUACUUUGUUCAAGACAUCCAGUUUGACUUUUUCAACUAUGCUGGGAUCCAUCGUGCGGUCUUGCUCUAUACUACCCCUCAGGUGUACGUUGAUGACAUCACUGUGGUGACUGACUACUCUGAUAACAUCGGUUUAGUCACGUACAUGAUUUCAGUCGUGGGUUCUCCCAAGGUCAGCCUGAAGGUCACGCUGAUGGACAAAGAAGGUCACUGUGUGGCCUCCUCGAGCGAGCUGUCCGGAGUGCUGAGAGUGACAGACGUCAAGCUGUGGUGGCCGUAUCUGAUGCACCAGGAUCCGGCUUAUCUUUACUCCAUGGAGGUUCACGUUACUGCCACCCGGUGGUCAAUGACAUACGAGGACGUAUACACGCUACCUGUUGGCAUCCGCACAGUCAACGUAACCAGCAACCAGUUUCUCAUUAACAACAUGCCGUUCUACUUUCAUGGAGUCAAUAAACAUGAGGAUGCUGAUAUUCGAGGGAAAGGCUUUGACUGGCCCCUGGUUGUCAAAGACUUUAAUUUGUUGAAGUGGUUGGGAGCCAACUCGUUCCGCACCAGCCACUACCCGUACGCUGAGGAGAUCCUGCAGAUGUGUGACCGCCAUGGCAUCGUGGUGAUAGACGAGUGCCCGGGAGUUGGCAUCAGAGAUGCUCGUAGUUUUCAGAGUGCGUCCUUAGCCCACCACCUGGCUGUCAUGGACGAGCUCGUACGUCGGGACAAGAACCACCCCUCUGUGGUCAUGUGGUCAGUAGCCAAUGAGCCGUCAUCAGAGAUUCCCUCGGCUGACUUUUAUUUCAGGACGGUGAUAAUGCACACAAAAGCUCUGGACCCAACUCGGCCCGUCACCUUUGUAACAAACAGCCGAUAUUCCAAAGACAGAGGGGCCCCGUAUGUGGAUGUAAUCUGUGUGAACAGUUACUUCUCUUGGUACCACGAUGCGGGUCACCUGGAGGUCAUCCCCAUCCAGCUCAGCACUCAGUUUGACAACUGGCACGGGAAGUACAAGAAACCCAUCAUCCAGAGUGAAUAUGGGGCCGAUGUAAUUCCAGGACUUCACAGUGAUCCACCCGUGAUGUUUACUGAGGAGUACCAGAAGGUAGUGCUGCAGAGUUACCACAGAGUCUUUGACCAGAAGAGGAAGGAGUACGUUGUCGGGGAACUCAUCUGGAAUUUUGCAGACUUCAUGACGGUGCAAGGCGUGACCCGUGUUGUGGGGAACAAGAAGGGUAUUUUCACGAGGCAACGUCAGCCCAAAGCCGGAGCAUUUAUCCUGAGGGACAGAUACUGGAGGCUGGCAAACGAAACAGGGACACUGCCUCCUUGGAACAACUACCCCUGCCCACUGUGACGCCCGCAUGUGUGACGCAUUCCACCAGAAACAUACACUAUGCCUAUGGGGAAAAUAGACUCCACCUCAACUGUGACUAUAGUGCUGCUUCCGGUGAAGCAGGAACUACUUGAGUUUGUAUCAUUUAAAACAACAAAAUAAUGUUAAAAGAAAAAGCUGGAGCUUCUUUAAAAAAAAAAAACAACAACAAAUCAAGCAAACAAAAAAAAAAUCUAGUUUCUGCACCCAUGUCAGAUCAGGUAAAUUAGGUUGUUAUUGAUAAGAAAAAAAUCAUUCCACCAGACUCCAUUUCCAGAGUAAUAAUGCUGUCAGAAGUUGCUCACAUUACUGGUGGCGGUAGAAAAGUAUUUUUGUCAGAAAAUACGUAUUUUCGGCAACUGAUUUUUUUGGGUGGCGUAACAGCUUGCACGUUGGACUGGGACGCCAGCAACUCGGGUUCGCUUCCCGAUUGCAGCCACGCUCCCGACUGGCACUCUUAACAUCGGUGCUGGGGAGGAGGGAGAGACACGUGACCUUCUGGAAACAAGCUUCGUGCUUUCGUUGGUUACCCACGUUAAAUAUGAUCCUCUUCUUCUUCUUCUUGUAUUCAAGUUUCAGUAACCAUUUGAUUUAAGAAACACACAUAAGCCUGACUUACGAGGGAAAAAAAAAAAAAAUUCCUAAUAGAAUGCCAUGUUGGUGGCACAUACAGACUGUACUGACUAGUCAGAUAACAAAAUUUGAUAUGGUAAAGUGGAGGUGCCAGUGUUCAGUAUAUUUUCCUUUUGAUACAGGCUCCACAAUGAUAUUUUGACACAAGUGUUGCAAAGGAUUUGAAAUGUUUUUGAGUUUGCUUUCAAAGCUUUGCACUAUAGAAAAGUACUGAUAUCAUCCCCAGCCGCACAUUCUAUCCAUUUGUUAAUUCUUUUUUUUUUACAUUCCAGUUCUGUUCUAUAUUUCAUCCCAUAUUUGGCCUAUGUUUCAUGUUUCUCCUUUCAGUUGCUGCUUUGUUAGAUGAACCUGAGGGCAGGUAGCAGACACCAUAUUUGUUUUUUUGGCUUUUCUGAUCACAUCUAGUGCAGGAGGCACCAAACCAGGAGUGAAUCCACAGAUUUUGGGGACCAGGGGUCUGAUUCAUCGCAAUUGGGCAAUCUGUUGAACACACUCCACCCAUUCAUGGCAUGAUUGCGUAAUACAGUGGCUUCCAAAAGUAUUCAGCACCUUAUUUCACACAAUUCAAUUUGUUUAUGACAUUUCAAAUACAAAAGGUAAAGCAGGCUUCUCAAUAUAAAAAUUUCUAAAAUGAUCUUCCUUAAACUGAAAGUAAAUCAUUACAACCUGACAUAAAUGAAUUAAAAAUA